AUGACAAAACCUCAAAUAUGUGCUUGUGGAAAAAAUAAAAGUGAUAUGAACACCACUAAUUGGAUUCGACAUACAUCUUCCUGUAAAAUUAGGAAAUCUAGAGAUGAAUCUAGGUCGAUUGAAUGUUUUUUCGGUAAUCCUAAAAAGCCUAAGCUGGAAUUAGGUGAUUCUAUUUCAUUGGAAGUAGAAGAAAACUUAUACAGUAGUAAUUCUACUACUAUUACUUGUGAGUCUGUUACUACUAAAACCUCGACUACAACUGCAACUGCCAAGUCUGUUACUACUACAACUGCCGAGUCUGUUUCUACUUCCUCUACUGACAAUGUAUUUGAAGUAAUGAAGACUGAUAAAUAUUCAGAUUCAAAUGAAAAUAUGAUUAAUUGUAUGAUUAAUGAUGGAAAUAAAGUUGAUCCUAUACUUCUGGAAUCGACUAACACAUAUGAAUCAGAACAAUCUCCUAACAAAUUUCGCAAUGAUCCUGCAUUAUAUUUGAACAAGACAAUAUCGCAUUGUUUGAAAAACAAUCUACUUGAAAUGGGUCCUUGCCAACCUACUGCAUCAGAAUUGGUAAACGCUGUUUUUCCAAAAGACACCUCUAGUCCUUCACGUUCAUUUUCUUCAACAUAUUAUUUUAAAUUAGUGAAUGGAAAAACUGUACAUCGUAAUUGGUUAGCAUAUUCUCCUUCAACUGACAGAAUUUACUGUUGGACAUGUAGGCUUUUUGGGACACCCGGUGCACAAAAAAACGGAUUAGUCAGUUCGGGCUGUAAUGCUUGGGGCCACCUUAGUGGUGUAUAUGGACGACUGCAUAAACAUGAGUCAUGUAAAGACCACUUAGAAUCUGAACUCAGUCGUGCCAUGUAUAUGAGAAAUAAUCGAAUUGAUAUUCUGACAGUUAAAUCAUCAAAUUCCCGUGUAGCUACAAAUAGAGAAGUAGUUAAAGUACUAAUGGACAUUGUUUUAUGUUUGGCAAAGCAUAAUGAUGCAUACAGAGGUCAUUUAGAAACAAAUAAAGAUCUUAUUCAAGGGAAAUUUCGUGAUUGGGUUACAGUAUUUGCUAAAUACCAUCCAAUAUUGGCAUCACAUUUAGACCGGAUCAAUUCUAAUUCUAAACGGUCAUCACUCACAUUUUUAUCAAAAACUUCACAAAAUGCUAUGAUUGAAAGCGUUGCAGAAACUAUUAGAGAUAAAAUUUUAGAUGAAAUUAAAACAGCUGAUGAAACUGCAGAUUCAACAGGUAAUGGAAUGUUUGCUUUAUUUUGUAAAAUUUGUGAUCGUUAUUCAUUGAACUGGAAAGAACAAUUAAUUGGUCAAGCAUUUGAUGGAGCAUCAAAUAUGCAAGGUGCUAUUAAAGGAUUGCGAACCAUUAUCCAAAAAGACAACCCAAAUGCUUUACAUGUUUGGUGUUUUGCACAUUGCCUUAAUCUUGUUGUCUGUGAUUCUUGCCAAGCUAAUAUUCAAGUAAGAGAUUUUUUCAGUAUUAUAGGUAGUUUAGUUACUUUUAUUGGAGCAAGAAAAAGAACUGCUACUUACGUUGAUUUACAGAAAAAAUAUUAUCCGAACGAACGUUCACGCCGACUUAAACACUUUUCUAAUACUCGAUGGACUUAUCAUGAUCGGUCAAUAGAUGUAAUUUUUAGAACUUAUAGAGCUGUAAUUGAAACAUUAAAAAGUAUAAGAACUGACGAAACUGAUAAAAAAAACGCGUGA